GGCAGUUGCCGUGGAGACGAGGGCUAUGGCAACCUAGAGAAGCCAUACUUGCUCUGCAAUUGUGUCUGCCCCUGUAGAGACCUCCUCCGAGGCUCCAGAAGCGGAGGCCUGGAGUGGCGAGAGCGGCGACGGCUAUGGCGCUCUAUGAGCUGUUCUCCCACCCUACGGAGCGCAGAUACCGCGCGGGGCUGUGUUCCAAGGCCGCCUUCUUCCUUCUGGUGAUCACCGGCCUCACUUACAUCCCGCCGCUGCUCGUGGCCUUCCGGAGUCAUGGUUUCUGGCUGAAGCAGAGUAGCUAUGAGGAGCAGCCAACUGUCCAUUUCAAACACGAGGUGCUCUUUGUGGCUUUGUUGAGCUCCACCCCCGGGAGAUAUCUGUCCUGGAGCACAUUUCCUACUUUUAACCAAUUACAAGGGCAAAAUCUUCGGAUUCCACUGGUAACAACCAGAGAAGAAGACAGGAACCAGGAUGGGAAAAUGGACGUGCUAUAUUUUAAAUUGGCGCUUCCGCUGAAGGCUACAGAGGAGGUCAUUGGGGUCCAGCUCAUUCUGACUUUUUCUUACCAACUGAGUAAGAUGUCCGCAUUCGUGAUGCAGUGCAUGGCUCUUCUCCAGUCCUCCUUCCCCAUCCCAGGUGCCCAGCUGCACGUGAACGGAGAACUGAAGCUGCAGCAGAAGCAUCCCCUGAAAUACCGCGGCCUCGAUAACAGAUACAACGCCUCUGUGAUCAACGGGACAAGCCUUUUCGCAGAAGACUUUGACAUUACAAAAAUUGUUGCUGCUUACAAGGAAAGGAAUGUAACUACAGUCUUGUAUGAUCCCAAUCCUAUUUGGCUGGUGGGAAGACCUUCAGAAGCACCAUUUGUAGUGGAUGUGGUCCUUCGAUAUCCUUGGGAGGUCAUUUGCUAUCAGCCUGGUUUCUGGGAGAUAAUGAAGAUGGCCUGGAUCCAGUAUGUCAGUAUUCUGCUUAUCUUCCUUUGGAUAUUUAAAAAAAUCAAGAUCUUUGUGUUUCAGAAUCAAGUGGUGACCACAAUCCCGAUGAUAGCACAGCCCUUGGGGGAAAAUUUCAAGGAGCACUUAUCUUAAGAAGCAGCCCCUCGAAAGACCAUUGGGCCAGCCCAUGCCCGUCUCAUGGUGUGCUCUGGAGAACUGGCUUAGCAUUACUGCUUUUCAGAAAGGAGCCUCUGAGCACUUGCUAGCUCAUGUUCUAAGACAGAAGACACUCCUUCGAUUCCUUUUUGUCAGCACAAACGACAUGUUCCCCAAGGACCCACGACACCCUCAGGUAGCAGGGACUGGUUCAUGCUACUAUCCUUUGAGGGGUCCCUCGAGAAUCUGUCCCCAUUUUCCCAUGGUUGUGAGUAUGACAAGGACCUGACACAGACCAUUUUGACAUCUUGGAAAGUGGAAAAUUUCUACUAACUCAGAGAGCUUUCCUCUUUGGAGCUGGAGGCUACACACUAUGCCUUUUUCUUUUUCACUGUACGGCUGUCUGACAAUAGGCACACAAAUCACUCAUUUUUUCAUGACCAUUAGCCAUUUAGAACUUUAACCUUAACUAGGAGGAGAUGUCUGCACACAAGAGGUUUGGGGACAAGAAUGGAUCCCGUCUGCCCUUGAUCCAGUGAGCAACGAAAUGCCUUCUGGCCGUACACACUUUUAUCCAUAUCAUCUUCUGUUCGCUACUCCAUCUACUCUGAAAUUUGGGGUUGAAGACAUCUAUAAUUCCAUUACUGUAGAAGAUAGUAUUCUAACAACUGCGUUUUUCUUAGCAGCUGAUACCUAAAAGCUUGAAUACCAUUGACCACAUCCAUCUUCUUUGGCCUCCCACGAGAGGGUCUGAUCUCAGGUCAGUUCAGUCCAAUCUGACAUUUAUUGAGGGCCCACAGAGUACAAAGACUGAUACAACACAGGCUCUGCUCUCAAGGAACUUCCAAUCUAAUUAAUGAGAGAAGUAAAGUGUGAUAAUUCACAGGAGGAAUCUAGACGAAAGUUCUGGGAAGAGGCAAAGGAGGGAAGGUCUCAUUAAAGAAGGUCUAUUCUGAGUGGAGCAUAGAAGGAGAGAGUUGAGGAUAUGGGAUCUUAGAGGGAUGCUGGAGACAGAAGACAGCAGAACAACAGGAUGGAAUAGAAGGAGCUUCUAUCUGUGAGAUCUUGGGCAAAUGGCUUAAACUGUCUGUGCCUUACCUUCUUCAUCUGUAUGGAUGUGUGUGGGGGGAGGUUGGAUAGAUGUUCUCUAAGGUACCUUUCAGUUGUAAAUCUGUGAUCCUGUGAAUCUCAGGUAAGGGGGAAGCUUGAGCAUAGAUCCUGCUCCUCAAUGAUACAAUACAAGACAGAAGAGUCCUUGUUGCCAGCUUUGGCUCCCCAUUGCCUGAUGACAAGAAAAAAAAUGAACCUUCAACAUGUUGGCAUGGCAUCAGACAGAGAGAGAGAGAGACUGGGUUAUUGGAUCGGCUGCUGUCCAGUCAGCCUGAGGAAUGUGCUUAAGUAUCGUUGAGAUCUCUGGAGCAGAAGGAUGUCCCCCACUUGUCAUUGAAGCCUGGCUCCUGCUUCCAUGUGCCUCUUCAUCGUUUGUCACUUGAGUGAAAAGUCUAAUGGCUCUCUUAUUUUUUUGCAAAAGCACAUAUCGCUUUGAGAUUCUGACCUGGCCAAGAAGGGAGUCUGGAAAAUCAAAGCUGUUUCAAGUUAUUUAAGCACAGAAUGCCUGAACAGCUUUAUAAAAGUUGGAAAAGCUUUCUUUCCCUCUUUCUUUUAAACAUCUAGGAAUGUAAAAAUGCCAGAGGAGAUUUUCUUCAAUAUAAUCUAAAAAUAACUUCUGGGAUUCAAACCAAAUAAGAAAAACCAUAGUAAGACAUUGGGAGCGGGGACAGGGGAGAGCCUGCUUAAGGGAAAAAUUAUGAACCUCACUUAAAAUGUUAUUUUUAAUGCAAAAUUUGUAUGGCUUACAAAGAACUUUGUGAACAUUCCUUCAUUUUGUAUCUUUAUAAUUAAAAUGUUCAAAAUA